UCCAGAGACAUAUCUGUGGACUGGCUGUCUACAGCGUCCCUGACCAAGGAGAGAAGAGCAGGCAAUCUGAGAACGAGGGGAAAAAAAAGGGCCACCGGCUGCUAAAUUCAAGAAAUCCUAAGUGGAAUGAUAUUCCAUAAAAAGCCCUCAGUAUUCAUUUGAAUGAUGUUAAGAGCUGAAGUGGAGUGUCAAUGUGCUCUCAGCCUCUUAGCAACAAGAAGAUUUCAUGAGCGAUGGCCUCAGGAUGUCUCUCAAGGAGCUGUGUGCCUAUGAAACACCAUCCGUUGCCGAAAUGCAGAACUUCCUGUUGGCUGACAGACGGCCCACUGGACAUGUCAACCAAGUGUGGCCUAAUGUGUACAUUGGCAAUGAGUAUGUAUUAUGUUUUCUGUUCAAAUGGAAAUUGAAUGAAAACGUACAGGACUACGGAUGUUCGCUGCGUUUGUGUUUUCUCAGGGUUGCAGCACGAGACAAGUCCAUGUUGUAUAAUAUGAGGAUCACACACAUCGUGAAUGCUGCUAGUGGACCCCCUCAUGUCAACACUGGAGCCCGCUUUUACAGAGACAUGGAUAUUGAUUACUAUGGAGUGGAGGCUGAUGAUUCCCCGGAUUUCAUCAUAAGUGUGUUUUUCUAUCCCACAGCAAGGUUUAUACGAGCAGCGUUGUCGAAAAACGGAAGAGUAUUUGUCCAUUGUCUGAUGGGAGUGAGCCGCUCUGCCACCCUGGUGCUGGCCUUCCUCAUGAUCUGUGAGGAUCUUACACUAAUGGAGGCCAUUAAAGCUGUACGGCAACACAGGGACAUCUGUCCCAAUCCUGGCUUUCUCAACCAGCUUCGACAUCUUGACAUGAGCCUCGUCCGAGAAAGGAAGAAAAAACUGGAAGCUUACAAAUUGAAAGCUCCUAAAGACAAACCGUUGGCCUCUCAAAUGCAGGCAGUGUAUGAGGCGCCAUCUAUAUCAGAUCUGCGGAGUCUGCUGCUGACAGACAGACAGACUUUCGGACCUGUCAGUCUUAUCUGGCCCGGCCUGUACAUCGGAGAUGAGUCAACGGCUCGUGAUAAAGGACUCCUCGCUGAUCUGGGAAUCACUCAUGUUGUAAACUGUGCCGACGGGCCACAUCGCAUCAACACGGGUGCCCAGUUCUACUCAGACAUGAGAAUAAGUUACUGUGGAGUGGAGGCUUCAGAUCACCCACAGUUUGAUUUGAGCCAGUAUUUCCGCUCCACUGCAUCCUUCAUUAAAGCCGCACUCACUCAAAAUGGCAAAGUGCUGGUUCACUGUGCAAUGGGAGUCAGUCGCUCCGGAGCCUUGGUCCUGGCCUUCCUCAUGAUGUGCGAGAACCUCACUCUUACGGAUGCCAUCAUUGCUGUCAGGCUGAACAGAGACAUCUGUCCCAACUCAGGCUUUCUAGAGCAGCUGAGAACUUUGGAGAACAAUUUAAAGAGAUAAUUCUCUCAAAAA